AAACUAUUGUCAAGUAGUAAUGUAUAUAAAAGUUUGUCUCCACAAAGAUUGUGCAUUACAAAUCAAUUGUCAAUAGGAUUUGUAAGGGGGGGAUUCAAAUCAAAUGGCUUAAGUUUCGAUUGCAGAUUGAUAACUCAACAAAGAUUGUGCAUUUCUACUCAAAAAACAAAUCAAUUGUCGUUUUCAAUUCACUUCUCUUUCACUGAUUGGUAACUAUGCCUAUUUCCUACAAUACUUAGCGUAGUUUCGAAAACAUUUGAACAUAGUAACUAGCCCCAUAGUCCGACACCGACACUCUUUCUAUAGAGAAGAUUCACUUUUAGUCGGGGAGCUAGCACUCUUCUCAUAAUCACAACACUCUAAGUUCUUAUGGCUGCUCUUAAUCGUACAAAGGAGUGAAUACAUACCAAAUUCUUGUCAAAAUUAUAUCAUAAGGCAUACAUGAUGAUUACACUUUAACAAUCACUUAAACUGUUGUGAAUCCCUACAACCAAGGUUAGUGGUCAGGAGUGAUUGGAUUAUGUCAUGGACACCCGUAGAUGCAUGUCAAGCAUUAUUACGAUGAAGUUUGAAUUGAGUGGAAUCAUGAGGACAAGGUAACACUAAGAUAGUUUAAACGAAUAAUAACUAGUUCAAAUCGCAACAACCGCGGUCAACAUAGGAUCAUUUUAUGGACAUUCAAAGACACAAAAAAAUGAUUAGAAAUUGCAUAGAAACGUGGCCACUAAGUAAUCUAAUAUCACUUACCUCACCUUGAUCAUAUUUUAUUCAUGGAAUAUAUGAUUAGAAAUUGCAUUCUCUCUUCUUAUAUUCUUUUCUGAAACCUGUUCCCAUUCUCAUUACUUCAUUAAAAUAUUUAUUGUCAACGAUUCAAAAUUGAGAGUUCCACUAUAGCUUAUCUCUUUUCUUGAGAUAAAAAAAAUCGAAAUAAAAGUCCAACACUGUGUGAAAAAAUGGGAGAACCAGUUUCUGUUGUUAAAUUGAAGAAUCAAGAAGAUAGUUUAUACCUUCAGAUACAUCCUCAAGAGCUACACUUUCCAUUUGAAUUGAAAAAACAGAUCUCAAUCUCUUUCCAGAUGUCUAACAAGUCUGAUAAUUAUCUGGCUUUCAAGGUUAAGACUACAAUUCCUGAGAAAUAUUGUGUUAGGCCUAAUAAUGGAGUAGUGUUGCCUAGGUCUACUUGUGAUAUUCAAGUUACAAUGCAAGCUCAAAAGAAGGCACCUCCUAACAUGCAUUGCAUCGAUAAGUUUCUCAUUCAAAGCAUAGUUGCAAAGCCUGGUGCAACCACAGAAGAUAUCACUUCAGAAAUGUUUUUUCAAGAUUCCGGAUAUAAGGUUGAAAUGUGCAAAUUGAGAGUUGUUUAUGAUGCUCCUCCUCCUAACCUACCAUCACCAGCUCAAGCAUCAGAAUUUGAUUUAUUAGAUAUUCAGGCAAAAGACCAAAUUUCAAAGUUAACUAUGGAGAUAAAUGAUGGUAAUGAGAAAAAUAAAAAGCUUCAGCAAGAACUGAAUAUUAGGAAGCGUAUGGACAAAGACGAAUGUUGCAUACUGUAGACUCGUCUAUCAACUGUAUAUCAUGGUCGUGAGGCGUAAGACACAUAAUAUGACUCGGAUGAAGUAUUUGUUGAAUGGAUUACUCUUGAAGCUGCAAACAAACUACAUAUCAAAUUUUAUGCUAUUAUUUAGAGAAAGAAAAGCAUGUUUUGUAAUCCAAAAAACCAAAGCAAUUUAAACAAAUGUACUAAUGAAAAUAUUGUUGGAAUGAGACAGUACUUUGUAUUCAAGUGAUAUAUAUGUGCCUAAAAGUUAGGAGCAUUCCAUUGUAGAUUAUUACAAACUACAGUCUAGACGGACAUUCCUAAAUAAAUUGCACUUAUUUAUUUCAA